AUGGAAUUUUCCUACAAUAAUAGUUUUCAUUCUAGUAUCGGUAUGGCUCCAUAUGAAGAAUUUUAUGGAAGAAAUUGUCAAAGACCAGUGUGUUGGAGUGAAGGAAUGAGACAACUUCAAGGUCCUCAAAAAGUUCAAGAAACUGUGGAUAAGAUAUAUAUAGUCAAACAAUGUUUGAAGGCAUCACAAGAUCGGCAAAAAAGAUACACUGAUAGAAAUCGUAGGGAAAUGGAAUAUGAAGUGGGUGAGAAAGAAAUCAUUGAGAGAAUUGGACCAUUGGCUUAUCGACUAGUAUUACUGGGAGAGUUAUCACAGAUUCAUGAUGUGUUCCAUGUUUCUAUGUUACAAAAAUGUAGAUUUGAUCCUAGUCAUGUAAUACAAGAAUCGGAACAAGAACUCGCAGAGAAGCUGGUAUACACUAAGGAACCUAUAGAAAUACUAGGAACAAAGGUAAAGAAAUUAAGGAAUAAAGAGAUACUGAUGCUUAAUGUAAGAUGGAUUCAUUGUUCUUUAAACAAAGCUACAUGGGAGGUGGAAGAACAUAUGAGAAGGAAAUACCUUAUUCUUUUUCAUGAUGGUGGUAAGUUCUAA